AUGGUAGGUUCUCCAGACUUCUCUCUGCAACAAGGCCUCCUCUCUCUCCUGCUUCUCCAGGUGUCCAUGUGGGGCGCAGAUGCGUUCGUGGUGAUUGGUCCCUCAGAGCCGAUUGUGGCAAUGCUGGGUGCAGAUACUGUGCUGCCCUGUCGUGUGUCACCAGUCAUGAAUGUGGAGAAAAUGCAGCUUCGGUGGUUUCGCUCCCAAUUCUCAGAAGCUGUAUAUGUAUAUCAGGAUGGACUGGAGGAGGUGGAAGAGCAACUUGUAGACUUCAAAGGAAGAACUGAGUUGGUGAAGGAUCAUAUUACUGAGGGAAGAGUAGGUGUGAGAAUCCACAGUCUUCGGGUCUCAGACAAUGGCAUGUACAAGUGUUUCUUUAAACAAGGAAAUGACUUUGAAGAAGCCAUUUUGGAGCUAAAAGUCAUAGGCCUGGGUUCUGGACCUCAUAUCCUCAUAGUGGGUCCCGAGGAUGCAGGAAUAAGAGUAACAUGCACAGGAAAGGGAUGGUUUCCCCAGCCUGAGGUACAAUGGAGAGAUGAAAAAGAAAAGAAAAUACCAUCUCUCUCAGAGGCUGAGACCCAAGAUGAUGAUGGGUUGUUCCAGAUAGAGACAUCCCUCAUUGUGACAGACAGUUCCAAGAGAAAGGUAUCCUGCUCCAUGAAGAACCCCUUCUUUGGUGAAGAGCAGGUGGAAACUAUUUCUAUUCCAGAACCCUUCUUCCCUAGGACUUCUCCAUGGAAGAUAGCAUUUGCUGCGACUUUCCCUAUACUCUGGAUUUCACUGGGUGCUAUUUUGUUUUUGUUCUGGAGAGGACAACUAGAAAAGAAGAGGGUGAAGAAAGCUGAGGAUGAAAAAGAGAAAGAAAAGAAAGCCAAAGAAUCACUCAAGAUAGAGCUUGCCAAAAGGAAGGCACUAUAUGAACAAGACUGGACAAAGGCAAACAUAUAUGCUGACUGGAGAAAGGAAAGGUUCACAGAAGUGGUGGCUGCUUUGGCACCAGACACGGCUCAUUCCAACCUCAAAGUUUCUGAGAAUGGAAGAUGUGUUUCUUUCUGUGAAACAUCACUAAACGAAGAACAGGAAUCUGAAACCAUCUUCAGUGUUCUGGGUCAGGAUCAGUUUACCACAGGAAGACAUUUUUGGGAGGUGGAAAUAAAAAUGGAGGCGGCAGAAAGUGUGCUUGAAACUAGAUGGGGUCUAGGUGUUUGCUCAGACACUGUGAAAAGACAUGGAUGGUUUGUAGAAAGUCCAGAGAAGAAUUUCUGGGUGGUGGCAUUCACUGAAGGAGAAAUAAAGGCUCUCACCUCCACGCCAAGGAGCCUGAGACUGAGGAAGCACCCCGACAAGAUAGGAGUUUUUCUGGAUUGGGAGGCUGGGGAUGUGUCCUUCUACAACAUGACUGAUGAUUCUCAUAUCUAUUCUUUUACUGGAAUCACCUUCUGUGGGAACCUCCGUCCUUAUUUUAGCCUUCAAGGUCCUGUGACUAUCUCCUCAAUUUCAGAUCACACAAAUAAUUGUCCUACUUCUUCAAAGACCUCUUUAACUCAUGGAACAAAUAAUGAUGUGAGAGUCCCCCAAGAAGCUAUAUCGUUAUUAUCUACAUAA